AUGUCACAACAUCGAAAUACUUCUGCUUCAAAAAUUACUAAGUCUACUCAAAAGGUUAGCGCUUCUUCCAUGGACAUUCCCGAUGAUGAGAUUCUGGAUGUGGUUCCUCUAUCAGUUAUUCCCUGCGAGGCCCUUGAUUUAAACCAUCCCAUGGAUGCCUCAGCUUCUGCAUGCCCCAAUCAAGGUAACAUCUCUAGUAUCCCUUCUGGCUCAACUCCUGCCACUAACUCUAAGGAAGAUAUACACCACACUGAUCGUGUUAUAAGAAACCUAGUCACUAGAAUCCUUAAUGAAGGAUAUUCUAUGAAGGGAGUCUCUACUCCCCUGUCUAAAAUGUACCCCUCUCCUGAGGUUGAACAACAUAGUGAGAAGAAUGACGAUUCCUCCAGUUCUGAGAAGGACAUGGCUGUUGAAAGGUUGUGCUCUCUAGAGCAAAUUGUGUCUGAUAAAGGAAAAUUUAUGGCAUCUAAAACUGCCAAUGCUUCCCACUCUGAGAAGCAUGAUGAUGCAAAUGAUGUGAUUGACCUAGAGGAUGAUAGGUCUGAUGAUCAAGAGGAUAGCUUACUUUAUCACUUAAAGCCAAGUGUGGCUAAACGCAUGAAGACUCGAAAAGGAAGAUCUGUGGAUGAACUUAUGUCAGCUAGAAAAACUAAGAAGACUGCUGAUGGAGCUGCCAAGUGGAAAUUUGUGAUUCAAAGAAGGGUGGCUGUGGAAAGGGAGUUGGGAAAAGAUGCUGCUAAAGUCAAGGAGGUCAUGGACCUGAUAAAGGCUGCUGGGUUGUUAAAGACUGUGGCUGGGUUCUCUCAAUGCUAUGAGGGUUUAGUUAAGGAAUUCAUUGUCAACAUUCCUGAGGAUAUUGCUGAUAAGAACAACAAGGAUUUUUUAAGGUGUUUGUGA